GAUCAUGACUAGUUUGUGUCUGACACUUGGCCUAUGUCACUGUAUGAGAGAUGAGUGGUCAUGUAAAGAAUAUGUAUACCCAGCUGUCCAUAUCACAAGCAGCAAGAACACUGCUCUCCCUGUUACUGGUGGCUGCCAUUGAUUCAAUGAAUGCUGGAAUAGCAUGUAGAAACCAACAAUGUGAGAGUCAAAUACAAAGAAUUUCCAAGCUAACCAGACUCAUGCAUAUGGAAUCUGUGGACCUCUUAAAAAUAUAUAAGUCCAGUCAAGGAGACCUGUCAGAGCUGUUCUGCCAGAUGCCAAUCAACAUUGUUCCUGACCCAAACAUCUCUGGCCUGGACCCCUCAAAGCGGAUGCUGAGCAUCUACUCCCAAUGUAAGGCUUUCCUACCACACCUGAAGAGAGUCACUGAGCAACAGAGGGACUUACAGCCACCCUCCAGCACCCUGCUAAACAAUCUCACCACUGCCCAGUACCGCACUAGUGGUCUGGCCAACCAAAUAAACUGCAUUUACCAAACCCUCUUUCCAAACCUGCCCAUCCCACUUGAACCUGUAGACGGACCGACGUCAAUACACCCCUCCCAAAACGUGUUCCAACAGAAGGUCUAUGGUUGUGUGGUUCUGAAAAAUUUCAAGGAGCUCCUGUCACAGAUCAGACAUGAACUAAGGACCAUAAAGAACCAAAUGUGCAAAAGUAGGACAUUUGCAUACACAAAUGCACUGUUCUGAGGCCAACUUUCUAUUAUAUUAUAUUUUAUUUAUUAUUUAUUUGUACACGUGUUCAGAAGUUACGGAAGCUUAUUGCUGCCACUGAAAAAAAAACUGUCUGCACAAAUGUUCGACUUUGAAUAACUUAAAUAUAUUUUGUUUGUGUUGAGAAAUAAUUAACUUGUGUGUUAAAAUUGCCCUGCAGUAUUCUUGUAGACUGUGAGAUUUUAAAAUGAAUGUCUUUUGUCAAAUCUGAGUCACUUUAAUAGUUUUGUCCAUUUUAAGUUUUGUGAGCAAAUUAAAAAUAAGUAUUCUCGCAGCCUGUGCUCAAGUGAAGUCUAUGACGUUAGCCUGCAGAACUUCCACACAGUGGUCCCAACAUGAGAUAUGCCAGGAAGCAAUUGAGACACAGUCUGUGACCUCAU